AUGGUGUCAUCAAGUAAGCUGUUCGAUCGUGUUGCGGCCGGCCGGAACUGCCGUGACCUUUGGCAUCCACGGUUCGCCAGCUGCCUCCGGUACAAUGUGCACUUCUGGCGCACUAUAAUGCCGGGCAGCUUCAAGCUGUACAUUCCGCUGCUAGUGCUACCGCCACUGGUGAAACUAAACGAUGUUACGGUACGAUAUCUGGUCGAGCACACGCUACAGUACGUGUACAUUUCACUCUGCACCUACAUACAGGCGGCCCUGUCCCUUUCGGCCCAAUGUGUACUACACAACUUACUGGGCCGGCUCAACUACUGGUGUGUGAUGUUCUGGCCCUGCUUACUUGGUGUUGCGAUUGGACCACCCUUACCCAAGCAACUGCUGCGUCUUCAAGCAAUCACCUUCUUCAACAUGAGCCUGGAAGCAGCAGUCCGUAAGAGUACUACGCCUGCCAUACAGUUUGCACGUCGCUCCAAAACGCUAGCCACGCUUACCUUUAUGGCGUUCAGCUCCAUUAUUCUUACCUGUCUGCGUAGCGGUGUUGUGAAACAGUUCUGGCUCGUCAAUCCACUCCAGGACGCUCCACUCUCAAGCAAACCGACCGACAGUGUUUGCAGUCAUGCUGGCAGAUGCUGGCAGUAUCUUGCAGACGGCAUGCUCAAGUACGGCAUGGUUGGCGUCAUCCUCGAGGCGGGACGUGCCGUACUGCGCAAAUCCACCUUGCUCGCACAAAAUCCACUAGCGAUAUUUGGGCACGAAUUCCGCGCUGCCUGCAAUCUUAAGCUGGGCAUGUUUCUAGCGUGCUAUGUCGGUAUCUUUCGAGCCGUUUGUUGUCUGCUGGGACGUUUGAAUGCGCGGGAAGAAGUUGCACAUGCAGCGGUGGCUGGAUUUUUAGCUGGCGUUCCUUACUGUCUCUAUCCGACCUAUCAAAUCUAUACGCUCGGGUUAACCAAAGCCAUCGAGAUGGGUUGGGAGUACUGCGGUAAUAGAACACUGGCUGUCACCAAGCCGCAGGCGAGCAUUACCGGGAGUUUGCUACGGCAGUUACAUCGUCUCCCAAUGUUACGGCUCGUGCAAAUGUUUUCCUUCGGUUAUUUGGGGCACGUUUACGCAUUCUACCCACACGUAUCACCCAUCUUCCACCAGAAAGCGAUGGACGUUUGUUCCACCAAUCUAACGCUGGAUAUGAAACGUCGUAUCGCCACGUGGCUGUCGGAAGUUAUGUGACACGUGGGAUUAUGUGAUAGUUUUUUUUGGCUUUCCUAGCUUGCGGUGGAGGAAUAUUACCGUGUUUAUCUUUCUAUUUGGAUUUUACUCUAUCUCGCGUACAUAAAACUUUAAUUUCAUCUGUUAAUAUUUUAAAAAUUCAAAUUAAACUCGUUCGUAACGCUUCGUAACGGGGUUGUAAAAAGCUAACACAGGCUAAAGCUCACACACCGCUCAAGCUUACACGUGGUUGCUUUUGUGUUGACAGCUCCAUCUAGCGGAAAACAUCCGAACCAACGCACAAUUUGACAGCGAUUGUCAAACCAAAA